UUGAGUUGGGACUGUUGUCUUGUGUUGUGACAAUAAUAAAUGAAGUAAACCGAUGGACAUCGAACAUCACAGUAUCAUUUGUGAACAAGAACAUAUUAUUUCACUAGAGUAUUUUUAAAUAGAUGUGCGUUAUAGGCUAGGGUACGUGAUUGUUAUCUUUAACCUUCUCAUUUCGGAUCUCAAACUAGGCUAGACCUAUUUUCUCUUUAGGCUUUGGCACAAUAGCCUAGGCCUAAGUUUACCUAGGCUGUUGCCAAACUUGUUCUAAAGCAACGAAAAAUGAGGUUUAUAGGUGUUGUGAUAUAGGUAAUAAAAUAAGCCAACUUUCUAGCGUUUCUCACCAAGUCAUUUAGGCCUACCCUCAGUCGAAAUGGCUGAGUUAGAACAGAAUUCUGCCUGCAGCGAGGAAACUAGUUCUCUGUGUGACGAGGAAAGAGUUCGUAAACUUUUUCAAGCUUGUGAUGCAGAUGGUGAUGGAUUUAUUGACAGCCAGGAUUUACUCAACGUUUGUCGUGAACUAAAUCUUGAAGACUCUUUAGAAGAGUUGAUGAAAGAACUCGGAGCUGAUGAAAGUGGUAGAAUAUCCUACAAAGAAUUCUUGAGACGCCGCUUAGCAUUGCGUCCUGAGAUUGAAGCUCUCCGCACGACACCACAUCAUUCUAGAGGAACACCUGAUUACCUGCCUACAAGCAGCGACAACAGUCUUGGAGGAGCAUCAGGAGGCAAAUGUGGGGAGAGUUGGGAGUUUGACAGUGGAGCUCGAGACCUUAGUCCAGAGCCGAACACCCUGCAGAGACUGGUGGAAGCUGCUGGCUGUUCCCUUACUGCUACUAACACUGCUAGUCUGCUGCAGCUGGCAAACAAGCUCCAUCUAGCAGCUCUGGCAUCUCUGAGAGGUGAGAUCCUCGACCUGACAUCGCGAUUGCAUGCUGUUACACACGAGCGAGACAUGCUGGAACGCACAGUCGCGCAGACUGAGAGCUCGGUUGCACAGCAGUAUGAGGAACGUCUCACUGAACUUCACUGUGUCAUUGCUGAACUUAGUCGCAAGAUGGAACGCCAACGCACUUUGGUCAUUACAGAAGAAGAGGAUGUAGUUUCAGAGACAGAGCAGAGCGUGGAGACUUGUUCACAAGCUGAUGAAACCCUUGCGGUUGAAGAGACAAUACUUCGCCCUGAGGAUGAUGAUGAGACAAGAGAAGAAUCACAGAUGAAAAGUGAUAGUCAAUCACACGUUGAGGAGGAGCUACAAGAACUGCGAGCUAGAAACUCUGCACUUGAGGAACAACUGAGUAAAACUGAGGCAGAGCUGAGGCAAGCUCAGGCUGUGCUGAGUAGCGUGCGAGAGGAUAGAGACAAACUGAGGCUCAAGGUUAAAGAGGUGUUCCGACCAAGCAGCUCCUCUGCUGAGGCUCCAGUGCUGAAGAUAGCUGAAAGAGUGAGGCUGAGAAAGAUGGACAGACAUGUCACUGGCUCCGACCUAACGUCCUUGGGGGUGAGUCACACAGAAGUGGCUGAACAGCUGGUGUCAGAGCUCCAGUCUUGUGACCUCCAGGAGUGGGACCGUCAUCAGCUGGAGCAGGAGACUAAGCGACUGUCUGCUAGGUUGGAACACUCCCGCUCCCAGGCCAACGUCUUACAGCUCACCUUGGACGAGGCCAAGAGCCAUUGUGAGAGAUUAUAUCUUCUGUUGGGAAAGUAUGAGUCCAAUGUUAUAGCUUGCCGACUUGCUCUUAAUUCAAGUGACCGAGCCAUUGAAGCCUAUGAUCUACUUGUUUCUCUUCUUGAUUCUCACCUAAACGAUGAAAAUGUGCGGGUAAGUGAAGAAGAACAGCUGAGGGAGCUGAUAUCUUGUCUGAAGGCUGAGAGGGGACGUGUGCGGGACACUGUGGUAGAACUAGAAAGUUUAGUGGAUCUGCCUCCCCCCCCAUACACUACUCCUGCCUCUGCUGGACAUUCCCGAAAGCUUGACUUGGAGACUGCUGUCCUUAUGCAGGAACUGAUGGCAAUGAGGGAGGAUAAGGCAGAGCUACGGGCCAAAAUUUACUUGUUGGAGAGGGAAAAGGAGAAUCAGGAAUUGAAGGUAGCAACUUUGCAGUCUCAACAACAAGCUCAUCUGGCAACCAUACAGCAUUUGCAGGCUCAACUCCACGAGGCCGAUACUGAGGAAGUAAACUCUGAAGGCCGCGAGAGCAGGUUGCGUGAGAGACUGAAGGAGGUUGCUGGUACUCUGGAGCGAGUCAGUCGCAAUGCAGAACUGAGGCAGAGACAAGCUACUGAACUGACCAACGAGUUGAAAACUACCAACAAUACCUUGGUGCAGACUCUAGAGAGGUGCAAACGCAAGUCACAAGCAAGACUAAGAAGACUGGACACUCAGAUGUUGAACAUGGUCGAGCAACACGCUGCUCAGGUGAGGACUCUUAAACAAAGAAUAGCCUCGCUGGAGGAAACGCUGGAUCACCAGAGCCGACAGUCGCACAGCUCUAAGGCCAGUGAGACUUCUCUGUGAUCAGUUGGCCUCUAGCAACUGGUUGGGUGUCUUAUAGCUUCAAGUUACCAACAUGUACAGUAAUAUAUCUUCAACAAUGUUAGUCAAUAUAUGAAACAUAGUUUGAUAAAAUAGUAUCUUUAAUCACUAGGGACUAUGUGACUCUUUAACAACCAAGGUGGAAUCGAGGUCGGAAAAUGUGCGAAGGUUGAAAAUUCAUUUUGGCUCAUCUGAUGACAAUCUAUAUUUUACGUUAUAAUGUACUAUGGUUUGGCUAACUAAUUUAAAAUCAUUAAUUUUUUACAUUGUUUACUUCUAAAAAUUAGCCCCCACAGAUGUAUUUCCCCUUUGUUAUGGUAUUAUGCAAAAAGCUGGGGUAAAAAUUGGUUUUUCCCAUUUUUGAUCCUAAAAACACAAAAUUUCACAAUUUCAUUCCAAACCAUUUUGUAGAGCUUAAAAAAAGAAAUAAUGUUGUUUAUUGAAGUGUUGUUGUAUGCGUAACGGUUACGGAUAUAAUUCAAAAAAUUGUAAAUUUUAAAAUUACAACUUUAUUCUUAUGGAGAAUAAAUAAACUUUUGUAGUUUGCUUGUUUAUGUUUAGAUUUUAAUCCAAUUAGGCAAUUUUGUUUAUUUCAUACUAAGCUAUCAACAUUUAGACCCGGGACCAAUUUACUUUUUCGUUUUGAGGUCCCCAGAGGCCAAAAACACCAUCCGUUCAAAUUCAUAUAUAUAUAUAUUUAUAUAUGUGUCCAUUAGCACGAUAACUCGAGCAAAGUUGAUCCGAUUUUGAUGAAAUUUGGUACAAACGUGUAAACCUACAUUUAUUCGAACGAGUUUGCGAACCAGCAUAAUCGGACCAUGGGAUCAGGGGUUUAUGGGGGGUUUUAUGGGGUAAAAAUGGGUUUUUCUCAUUUUUGACCCUAAAAACUUUAAAUUUCUAAAUUUCUCUUUAGACCAUUUUGAAGAGCUUAAAAAAACAAAUACUUUAGUAUAUUGAAGUUUUUUUGAAUGUUCAUUGACUACGGAGAAAAUUAAAAAAAUUGUAAUUUUAAAAUUCCCACGUUAUUCGUAUGGAGAAUAAAUAAACUGUUCUAGUUUGCUUGUUUAUGGAUAUAUUUUAAUCAAAUUUGGCUUAUUUCAUACUAAGCUAUCAAUAUUUCAAUUGAAAAAACACACCUCAACAUCUUCCCCGUAGCAGCAAACCUAACUACUCACUAAAAUUAAUGUUAUUUAAAUAGGAAAUAAAUCUGAAAAUUUAUAGGGAAUAUUUUAGUAGAAAUCAAGCCGGGUAAAUGGAAAUUCGCUUAGUAUGCAGGUUUGCUGCGACGGGGGUAUUUCUUUUUUUCUGCAGUCUGACAAAAGUACAAUUCCAUCUGCAAACAUGACAGUGAAAAGUCUACUAGUUUCUGUAAUCAAUGAAAAAUUCAAUUGUUUAUUGUGUGCUGAACCUAGUUUAGUGCUUUUUAAAGAGGUUAAUAAAUUGGUGAUGAAUGUUAACACUUCAGUAUGCAGCUGUUUCCUGCGUCCUUGUAGAGGAAAUAUUUUUUUUCCAAAAUCAUCUAAGCAAACAUUCAACCUGGCAAGUUAAAAACUCUCACAAAAAAGCAAAUAAUCUAAUCUUACCUUAUUACACAUGAUGAAAAACUUUUGAGUGAAUUUUUUACCAGUAUAACAUAGGUGAGGAUUAAGCAUAGUUCAAACAUUUAUUUCAACCUAAUAAUAAGUUUGCCUGCCUGGUGAAUGUCAAAGAGUAUAAAGUAAUAUUCUGGUUGAUAAAAGACAUAAAGACCGAAAAAUAUCUAUUUGUUUGGCAGCACACUCUGGAUAUAGGGUGACUGAAAAGUAACUUGCACCCCCCCCCCCCCUAACUUUAUAACUAUUGAGAUAUUUGAAAUCAGUUUGUGACAACCUUACUAGAUAUGAGGGGCUACAAUAAUAAUGGUUAGUUUUUAAAAUUGUACCUUUAGGGUUAGUGGGGGUAGGGGAUAGCUCAAAAUUUUGAAAUGGGAAAUAUAGUCGACUUUCAUGUAAUUUGACAGAAAUAAUUUACAUAAAGAAAAUAAAAAUCGGACCUAUAAUAACAAAAUUGCGCUCAAAAUUAUUCACCCUAAAACAGACAGGUGUUAAUGAUAACAGUAAUAAUUAUGCGGAGUUGAGAAUUUUCCAGGCACUGUUUACUAACCAUGUAGAUGUUAUUAGCAAUUAUCUGAACUAGAAAAAUGCUGCCUUAAUACAAAUUGAAAGUUAAUAAAACAAAAAUAUUUUUUUACUACCGCGAUACAAUUUUGGUUUAGGCUAGUUAUCAAAAGUAAUUUUUUGUUGUCAUUUAGUUAUUAGUGGUAUGAUUUUUUCCUUUUUGUCAAUUGUUUAGUUUUAUGAAGACCUGUAAAAUCAUAUGAAGGUUUACUAUACUUUCUUUUGAAAAAUUUUGAUCCAUGGGUAAAGUUUUUGUAAUUACAGUAGAGCAUCGAAAACUCAUAUGCUUCGCGAAAAAGAAUUUCAAGGUGGUGGUGGGUCGCUAAACCAAAAAGUUUGGAAACCGCUGCACCAGUCCAUCCGUUUAUUUAAUAAAUUGCUAAUAAUAUUUUAAGUGGACUCUCCUUUGGUUAUCAUCAUAUGUCUGUUACUAACUGAUACAUUUAAAUUUUGAACACAUACAGCAUUGUUGUAUACUUACCUAACAAUAACCAAACUUAAUCAAAUUUUGACUCAGCCAUUUUGUAAUAUUAUGUGCUCUUCAAGUGUUUAAAUAAAUGUAUGCCAUUAGCUACCAAUCUUCCUCAUUAAAAGACCCAAAAUAGGCACCUAGUUGUAGUAAUAAUAUUAAUAAGUUAAAUUAUUAUUUCUGCUGUACACAGCGUUUGUUGUGGGACUGACCAAAAACAUCAGGUGUUGAAUUGAAUUAGUACAUCAGUUACUAUUUUUGUUAAACAUGUUAAAUGCAAUUAAUUAUUUUGGUUAUUAGUUCAAUUGUGUGCAAUAUUACACCAUUUGCUAAGUAAAGCCUUCAUACUAAUUAAUAUUAAUAUUAGUGAUGGUCAAAACCAAAAAUUGUGAAUUUUAAAACCGAAACUUAAACUUUAAAAAUUCGAAUCCCGAAUCUCGAAUCCCAAAACCUAACCGCAAAACUUUUUUUACUUAUAUUUGACAAAGGUCAAAAUACAGGUAAUCAAACGUUAAGUAUGCAAUCAAAAAUGAAAGAGAUUGACUCCUGACCCUGACAUAAUAACAUAAAAAUGUGAUUGAUAAACUUAAAACCCAAAACAACAUAAUUUAUUUUUAAUAAACAACCAUCCUGACACCAACAUAAACAUGAAUAUUACAUUAAUUAGAACAUUUCUUGGCAAUAUUUCUUUGUAUUCAAUAACUAUUGUUAUGAAACUGAAUUGUAUGUCGUUCCAGUUGUAUUUAAUAUGUCUUUUGAGUCCAGAAUACAAUUUACUUUUUUCAUUACUCUUAAUGCUGAUCUGUUUGCUCUAUUGCUACCAGCUUGUAAGAAAACAGUGUUAAAAACAAUAAUAAUGACGCAAAAAAAUCUGCAGUCUAAAAAAAAACUGCUAAAAUCUUUAAUUUCAAAACUUUUGAAUCUCGAAACUCAAUGAUCAAAUCUCGAAACCGAAACUUUUUUUAAGGUUUUGAGAUUUGAGAUUCGGUUUAGACACAUCACUAAUUAAUAAUUAAUUUACUCUAUUGUUUUGUAAAUAGUAACAUUUGUAAGUAGUUUAAAAUUAUGUUUAUUACUCCAUAUUAAAAAAAUACUUUUCAAUUUAUUUGUGGUUUUAUUUUUUCAUACUAUAUUAAGUUAAAUAUUUUUUUUUAGAUUCUUGUUUUGUUAUUAAUCAAAUUGCUGUGGUAAUACUAAAAACUCAGUUUUUCAAAGCUGCAAAUAAUGCGGGGAGGCAGUAAGGUAGGCUAAAUAUAUUAUUUUUUUGCAUUUCUUUUUGUAUUAUUUCUCCAAAUUAUAGAGCUUUUCUUCCAGGACAGAAUGAUAUAUAACACUUUGGUGCUAAAAAUAUUUUACCCGUGUAAAAAAAAUCUGGAACAAAUGCAUAGGCGAGGCCUGACUUCUUUUGAAAUUAGGUUUUUUUUUUAAUAUUUGUAUAUUUUUUGAUUAAAUAUGCAAGUUACCUUGGUGAUGGGGACAGCAAUAGCUUUGAAAGAAAAAAAGAAAACUGGAAAAAGCUAUUGGAGGAAAAUAUGGGGCUGAAAUGUUUAAGGUAGGCAAAAUAACGCAUAUCACAUAUUUUCUAUACCCCUAGGCCUAAGGCCUAAGUUAUAUGACGUUAACCGCAAAUCGUUAUUUUUGUCAUGUUAUGUACCUUUUCUCAGGAACUACUAGGGAUAGGGAGUUAAAAUUUUUACACAACAUGUAUGUUAUAGUGUUAAACACACUGAGUUUGUUUUAGGGCCUAAUUCCAACCUACUUGGUAAAAAUAUAUAUAUAUAUCACAAGAAAUUUGAAAAAUGUUUAGUACCUCCAAAAAAAGUUUUUAUCUAAGCUAUUUAUUAGUUUAAAAUCCUGAAAAAACCUCAGGACAUGUAUCAAAGGUAUACAAAGAACUGACAAAAAUUUCAGAGAGAUAGGCCAUAUAGUAUUUCCAAAAAGGUACCUUACGUUAGCAUUACAGAGCUAGGGAUUCCGCCUCCCCUAAGCCAAGUUAAGCAGUACGUGCAUUGGUUAACAAAGUAUUUGAGAGGGCUUUUUUUUAUUGAUUUAAUUUGUUCAAAACUUCAAAGUAGAGUAUUUUACUUAACCACAAGAUUUUUGUAAGUAUGUAAAUAAAUCUACCUUACCUAAUAUAAUAUAUUAAUGGGUCAAGUCUCUUCUCUACAAAACUUAAAAUAAGACCAAGGGUAAAAACACACAUACAGCAAUUGAGGGUGGAGUGGGCGGUAUGAUCCAGAGCGAGCUUAAGUGGAGCAACUGAUACACAUACAGCGACUAGCGAGAGCGAUCAGUUCCAAGAUGUCACAUAGUAAGUUGGCACGUAAUUUGCAGAAGCGAAAACAAUUGGUUGAAAACAUUCAUUUUGCGUGCUUCAAACCGGUCAAGAGUGGGUGCAUAAAGUGAAUGAAGGAAGGGAGGUGAGUGGCAAAUAUCACCAUUUGUUUCCAGUUCUUAGAAGCAUGAAUCACGUGACGAUUCGUGCAAUACAUGAGUAUGUUAGACUGCUGUAACUUAACCUCCUUGAAUUGAAUCGCUCGAUAAACUAUCGAAAUUAGUAUAUAUCUAUAUACCAGGUUACUGGUUAUUUAAAACCUAUUCAGCCCCACCCGACAAGCCAGUAUUUGAGACAAGCUUAAUUUCAUAUUACACUUAAAUUACCUUAAUUAUACUGAAUUGAAUCCAAAUUAUUUAUCAAAAGUUGGGACCUGUUACAAUAAUCUAAUACAUAAUGUAUAUAUGACAAUGACCUUCGCACAGUGACUCGAGCAGAGUGACUCAAGAUUAAGUAGUUGCCCUCUCUGUUCCCAAACACUUGAAAAAACAAACAAGAUUGUUCAAAAGUCAACCGCUUCGCUACGCUACACUCCAAAAGCUGUUUGUGUGUGCGUUACUACUUGAAUGUAUGGGUUUGAUUUUGUCGCUCUAAAUCGCACCGCACCGCUAUCAAUCACUGUAUGUGUGUUUUUAGCCUAAAUCAGGGCUUUAGAAAAAGUUUGUGUUAAGAAUACUAUAGCUUCCAAGUAUACUAUACUAAUUUUGUGUGUCCGUAUAGGUACUACUAUUAAUUAUUAGGAUAUCAAAAUGAUUGUAAAAUACACUUUACUAACACCAAUUGGGCUUUAAAAGACUGAACAUAUUAGGUAUUGUGUGUAAAUAAAAUAUAAAUGUAAAAAUAAAA